AUGGGAGUGGGGCGGCAAGUGGAGCUGUGUGGGGCGGCGGCGUCGGAUGCGGAGAGUGAGACGGCAUUUCAGGCGCUCAACCCCGCUGUGGACUGCUCCUUCCUGAAGCCCUCCCAGGCCGUGUGCUUCGAGAGGGACCCCGGGGUGGCGAAUGUGACGGUGGUGUGCGACCAGUACUACUGGGCGCGCCUCAACGACACGUGCGACAGCAUCAGGCAGCUGGCGGAGCCUCCUCUCAGCCCCGUGGACUUCUACCGCCUCAACCCCGGCGUCAACUGCAACCUGCUCAUCCCCCUCAAGAACCACUCCCACUCCGCCACCACCUUCGGUGCUGAGCGUGACCAACUUCACAGCGGGCAUUUGUUCCAGGACCAGCACAUACACCAUCUCACCGGAGGAUGA